UGGUAGCGGCAGGAGGGUGCGUAGUCAGUUACAGCCUCAGCGGACAAUCGACUCGAGGGUGGGACCAUGUUGACAUAAGGAAGGACUAGGGUUGUUUGUUAGGAGCGGCACAAGCAUGGACAAGACUGCCGUGGUAAAAGUCGGUGCCGCGGCCAGUGCCAGUGUAUGUGCCCUGUUCGGUGGUGUGGUUCUCGCCCAGUACAUGUUCGCCCAGAAGAAGAGAGCGGGAAAGAAAACGAAGAUCAUCGAGAUGAUGCCAGAGUUUGAGAAGAACACGGUCCACAUGAGGGAUCCAGAGCGGGUGGAGCAGAUCAUCUGUGACAUGAUCAAGGGUGGUGCCUCCAAACUACAGGUCAUCACUGACUUUGACAUGACGUUAAGCCGGUUCGCAGUCAACGGCAAACGCUGCCCCACGUGUCAUAAUAUCAUUGACAACUGCAAGCUUGUCACCGAAGAUUGUAGGACGAAGUUACUGGAGCUUAAGAACACAUAUUACCCCAUAGAGAUCGACCCCCAUCUAACGAUGGAGGAGAAGUAUCCAUUCAUGGUAGAAUGGUAUUUUAAGUCCCACACAUUGUUGGUGGAACAGAGGCUACAGAAGGACAAACUCUCAGAGGUGGUGAGAGACUCAGACGCCUGCCUGAGGGAGGGCUAUGAGCCGUUCUUUGACAGACUCCAGCAGCACAACGUGCCCGUGUUCAUCUUCUCAGCGGGUCUGGGGGACGUCCUGGAGGAGAUCAUCCACCAGGCGGGGGUCUACCACCCCAACGUCAAGGUGGUGUCCAACUUCAUGGACUUUGACGAGAAUGGCGAGCUGAGGGGCUUCAAGGGAGAGCUGAUCCAUGUGUUCAACAAGCACGACGGCGCCCUGCGCAACACGGAGUACUUCAAACAGGUGAAGGACAACUGCAACAUCGUGCUGCUCGGAGACUCGUUAGGCGACCUCAACAUGGCUGACGGCGUGCCCAACGUGGAGAACAUCCUCAAGAUCGGCUUCCUCAAUGACAAGGUGGAGGAGCGUUUGGAGAAAUAUCUGGACUCUUAUGACAUCGUCCUGGUAAAGGACGAGACUCUAGAAGUGCCCAAUUCCAUCCUUCAGAAGAUUCUAUAACUCAUCCCCUCUCCACAUCAUACUGACACACUUCCCCCAAACCCAUGGAAAAUGAACCGACCUCUGGACCCCCAGACGGCUGUUACUGGCCCCCCCCCGCCACUGACUCACAGCCCCUCGACAUACACUAGCUCCAUGGGCACCCCUCCUUGGAUCCCACCUCUACCACCAACCAUAGGGUCAUGGUUGGGUACUGGAUGGUCCCUUCACCUCUUUAUGAAGACAUUUAUUCUCCUAUCAAUGAACUAUUUUAAAGUACACAGCCUCAGUCUUUGUCUGUCUGCAACCUUAUCGAUGUCCUCCACCUCAUAACUAAAAAGUAAUAGCAACCCCCAAAGAAUGCUAACAAUUUUUUUUAAAUAAUUUGCAUGUUAUUGUUAUUCAUAAUAUUUUUUAUAUUGUAAUGCUUGUAUCAGCUUGCAAAUCAUAAACCGAGCAUCCACACAAGAACACAGCGACGUCUUUGGAACAGUCCUAGCAUGCAUUUCACCACACUACGUCACCUUGCAUUGUGCCACAGUUUGGCUACAGGAAUCAAUGUAGGUCUGAAAAAAUAACUUGAACCUGUCUAUGGGUGAACCAUACUCAGACACUGGUAUGAAUAUUAUCAGUGGUUUUAUGGAUGUAGUAAUGAAUUCUGUCUUGCACAAGAAAAGCCAUGUAUACACCUCUGUUUUUUUUCACAUGGGGACUUUGCUACUGUAGCCACACUGCAAAGUAGCACUUUAUUUUACAAGAGUACUAACACUGCAUAUUUUAUGUGCCAUUUAAAUAUACUGCAUGGUUAUAAGAUACCUUAUGGCGCUUUUAUAUAAAAAAUUAAAGGUUUAAAUCUGUGCUGCCCCUGAACAAGGCAGUUAACCCACUGUUCCUAGGCCGUCAUUGUAAAUAAGAAUUUGUUCUUAACUGGCUUGCCUAGUUAGAUAAAGAAAUUAAACAAAAUUGUCAAUGACAGUUGCGAUAAUAGUAGUAACUAGUGAUGCAAAAGAUUUUUAUAAGUUAGUUAUGGGGUAUUACUGUUAGUGUAACCGACUUUAUGAAUGAUAGUGUAAAAUAAAGUGCUACCAAAGAAGUCAUUACACAGAGUAACAGUAUCCUACUCAAUCGGCAGUAUAUUACAUGAGAACACCACUGGGUAAAGCACCUUUGUCUGUGGAUCAGCGACAUUCAAUAAGACUAUUUUGUUUAACUUGGCCUUUUAUCCACACCCAUUGACCUUUUUUUAAUUUUGUAGUUCAAAUUUGAACUCUACCUCAAGCUUGGAAAAGCUUAUUUCCCCCCUUAAGUUUCUCAGUUUUGUCUUGCAAAUGUUUGACGUUUUAUAUUUAAAAUGUUAUCGUUUUAAACGUGCUGCUACACCUGCAUGUUGCCUUUUCUAAACUUUGGAUUUGUCUAAAGGACAGAGGGGAAAAAAAACUUGUGAAUAAAACUUGUCACAUAACAAA